AUGGACCGCACGAAGAGGGCGUACGACCAGCGCCUUGGCGGUAGACGGAGAGGAGGCCGGAAGGGCAGCGGCUACUCUCCGAUUCGACACGGAAGCUGCACGGCCUCAGCAGGACGAGGCGCUCUCAGAGACGCGGAAACGAAGGCUCCUCGCCAUACCUCCAUUAAGACCAAGGAAACCGAGGCCAAGUCCACUCCUGAUAGCAAGGAGAACAAGACUCAUGGUGCCGAGGUUCCUCGUAAGGGAAGACGGCAAAAACAGGGGAAAGAAUUCUCCCUCCAGGAGAAAGAUUUCCCGAGUUUGCUGCCGGGAGUGCAGGCAGGGACACCUUCCUGGCCUCGAGUACAGAGCACCAAGGUGGAUGCUAGUCUUGGAGAAAUUUCAAAAAUUUCUCCAGGGGACAAAGCCUCUGUGGGUAAGAGACUUAAGAAGGUCACUGCGACUCGACCUGGGGCUUCCACUCCUGCAACUGAGGACUCCAAAACCGAGGCCUCUGGAAACAAGGGGAGAAAAGCUCCUGUGGCCAAGGACCUUAGCAGGAAGGCCACCAAGACUUCACCUGGGGCUUCCACUCCUGCAACUGAGGACUCCAAAAUCGAGGCCUCUGGAGACAGGGGGAGAAAAGCUCCUGUGGCCAAGGACCUUAGCAGGAAGGCCACCAAGACUCUACCUGGGGUUUCCACUCCUGCGACCGCUUCUCGUCAUACCACCAUUAGGGGGGACAAGACCAAGGAAACCGAGGCCAAGUCCACUCCUGAUAGCAAGGAGAACAAGACUCAUGGUGCCGAGGUUCCUCGUAAGGGAAGACGGCAAAAACAGGGGAAAGAAUUCUCCCUCCAGGAGAAAGAUUUCCCGAGUUUGCUGCCGGGAGUGCUUGCAGGGACACCUUCCUGGCCUCGAGUACAGAGCACCAAGGUGGAUGCUAGUCUUGGAGAAAUUUCAAAAAUUUCUCCAGGGGACAAAGCCUCUGUGGGUAAGAGACUUAAGAAGGAGGUCACUGCGACUCGACCUGGGGCUUCCACUCUAGCAACCGAGGACUCCAAAAUCGAGGCCUCUGGAAACAAGGGGAGAAAAGCUCCUGUGGCCAAGGACCUUAGCAGGAAGGCCACCAAGACUCUACCUGGGGUUUCCACUCCUGCGACCGCUUCUCGUCAUACCACCAUUAGGGGGGACAAGACCAAGGAAACCGAGACCAAGUCCACUCCUGAUAGCAAGGAGAAGAAGACUCAUGGUGCCGAGGUUCCUCGUAAGGGAAGACGGCAAAAACAGGGGAAAGAAUUCUCCCUCCAGGAGAAAGAUUUCCCGAGUUUGCUGCCGGGAGUGCAGGCAGGGACACCUUCCUGGCCUCGAGUACAGAGCACCAAGGUGGAUGCUAGUCUUGGAGACAUUUCAAAAAUUUCUCCAGGGGACAAAGCCUCUGUGGGUAAGAGACUUAAGAAGGUCACUGCGACUCGACCUGGGGCUUCCACACUAGCAACCGAGGACUCCAAAAUCGAGGCCUCUGGAAACAAGGGGAGAAAAGCUCCUGUGGCCAAGGACCUUAGCAGGAAGGCCACCAAGACUCUACCUGGGGUUUCCACUCCUGCGACCGCUUCUCGUCAUACCACCAUUAGGGGGGACAAGACCAAGGAAACCGAGGCCAAGUCCACUCCUGAUAGCAAGGAGAACAAGACUCAUGGUGCCGAGGUUCCUCGUAAGGGAAGACGGCAAAAACAGGGGAAAGAAUUCUCCCUCCAGGAGAAAGAUUUCCCGAGUUUGCUGCCGGGAGUGCAGGCAGGGACACCUUCCUGGCCUCGAGUACAGAGCACCAAGGUGGAUGCUAGUCUUGGAGACAUUUCAAAAAUUUCUCCAGGGGACAAAGCCUCUGUGGGUAAGAGACUUAAGAAGGUCACUGCGACUCGACCUGGGGCUUCCACACUAGCAACCGAGGACUCCAAAAUCGAGGCCUCUGGAAACAAGGGGAGAAAAGCUCCUGUGGCCAAGGACCUUAGCAGGAAGGCCACCAAGACUCUACCUGGGGUUUCCACUCCUGCGACCGCUUCUCGUCAUACCACCAUUAGGGGGGACAAGACCAAGGAAACCGAGGCCAAGUCCACUCCUGAUAGCAAGGAGAACAAGACUCAUGGUGCCGAGGUUCCUCGUAAGGGAAGACGGCAAAAACAGGGGAAAGAAUUCUCCCUCCAGGAGAAAGAUUUCCCGAGUUUGCUGCCGGGAGUGCAGGCAGGGACACCUUCCUGGCCUCGAGUACAGAGCACCAAGGUGGAUGCUAGUCUUGGAGACAUUUCAAAAAUUUCUCCAGGGGACAAAGCCUCUGUGGGUAAGAGACUUAAGAAGGUCACUGAGACUCGACCUGGGGUUUCCACUCCUGUGACCAAGGCCUCUAAAAGCAAGGCCUCUGGAAACAAGGGGAGAAAAGACUCUGUGGCUAAGGACCUUAAGAGGAAGGCCACCGAGAAUCGAUCUGGGGCUUCUACUCCUGCGACCAGGGCCUCUGGAAACAAGGAAAGCACUGAAUCCAAAGACAGAGCGACCGAGAACAAAAUCCCGCGAAGUAAGGCUUUUAAACUUAAUGUAGAGGAUUUUCCCGGUUUGUCCAAGGAACUUACAUCUGAGGCCCCUAAAACCAAGAGCCCUGUGCCCAAGCCCCCUAUAACCAAGAGCCCUGUGCCCAAGCCCCCUAUAACCAAGAGCUCUGUGCCCUAG